AUGGCAAAUGCCUGGUUAAGAUUCCAUUUUGAAAAUAUGGAUUAUACUUCUAAUUCUGAAGCCAGGGAAACUGAAACUCCGAUAUGUCUAGCAAGUACCUAUACAGCUACAUUUAAAGAAGAUUUUUUCUGUUUACCAGUAGAUAACAACAAUUCAGUUACAAGUUCUAGUAUUGAUGAAUUAUUAGAGUCAUAUUCAAAAAAUCAAUCAAAAGAGUUAUGUGUGUUGUUAUUAUAUCCAACAGUAUUGAAAUCCUUUUUAGAAUUUAACACACCUCUUCCGUCUAGUGCUCCUGUAGAGCGACUUGUUUCGACAGGUUCCAAUGUGAUGACUCAAAAAAGGCCCAAAUUGAUUGACUAUCUAUUUGAAAAAUGUAUGCUAUUAAAACAGAACAAGGUGUACAACUGUAAAGCUUAA